AUGUCUACAUCUAUUCCUAUUGAUACUCCAAGUGCCACAAACAUUCAUCUGUACUCAAAUGCAGUUGGGAGUCUGAUGUAUGCUAUGGUCUGCAGUAGACCAGACAUAGCACAUGCUGUCAGUGUUGUUAGCAGGUUCAUGGUACAGCCUGGGAAGGAGCAUUGGCAGGCUGUGAAGAGGAUUUUUCGUUACUUGAGAGGUACGUAUGAUGUUGGUCUCGUUUAUGGAGGUGAUACUCAUUGUUCUGUGACUGGCUAUUCUGAUUCUGAUUAUGCUGGAGAUGUUGAUGGUAGAAGAUCUAUGACUGACUAUGUUUUCACUCUUGGUGGUUCUGUUGUUAGUUGGAAGGCAACCUUGCAGGCUGCUGUUACUUUGUCUACGACUGAAGCAGAGUAUAUGACAUUGACAGAAGCUGCUAAAGAGGGAAUAUGGUUGAAAAGGCUAGUUGGUGAUCUUGGUUUACAUCAAGAUCAAGCUAUUGUGUUCUGUGAUAGUUAG